CAAAACCCUUGGAAGAAGCCUGCCAAGAAAACCCAUGGUCGGGUUGCCAUAAGUUGGAAAGAGCAAGAGACAUGGGUCUUGCCCAGGGCCAGCAGUGGGUCUCAUGCCCACUCUGGGAAUCGAACCUGGUCAUAAUCCAAUGCUCAGACCACGAGACAGGAGCCAGCCAUAACAAAGAGGCCUGUGGGCAUGUGGCGCCAUGCCACCCAGGGACCACUUUCACGGGUGAAGAACCAGAAGUGAGCAGAGCAUGCAAGGAGAGGGCCCCAUGGUUCUGUUGGCACGCAUUGGCACACUGGUGGGGCUGCCAAUGGGAACCAGGGGUCUCCCUGAGCCCCCCAACAGCUGCCCAGAUGCUCCAAGGAGGGCCUCCGGCUGUGCUUUCUUGGCGCAUGCUCAGAGGCGCAUGCCUCAUCCCUCCCUCCCCAAAGCCCCCCACACCUGGCUUCCAUUAGCAGCCCUUGGCUGCCCGGAUGGAGACCAUGGCCCUCUUCCUGCUCCUGCCCCCAUGUGCCACCCAUGCCAGGGAUUAGGGGGGGGCUAGCCCCUGUCUGACCCCAAAAAGCUAUUUAUUUCCUUGGCAAGGAUGGCUUUGGGGCAGGAAGAGAAUUCCCAAACCCUGGAGGCUGAGCUUUAGGGAGGUUCAUGCUCUGUUCAUGUUCAUGUGCAAACAAUGCACACUCCCCCAGUAGCCUGAUCCAAUGAGUCUGGGGUCUCGGCCAAGAAGCCCCCUUUUCUUUUUAACUCACUCCCCUUUUUGGUCUCCUUUGCCUGCUUUCUCCAGGAACUGGCACGGUUUCUCUUUGUUGGCUCACCUGGAGAAAUGUCUCCUUUGGGGACAUGAAAAGAGCCAUCAGUGCAGAAGGAAGGAAGGAAGGAAGGAAGGGAGAAUAAGAAACGGCGAAGGGGUGUGCAUUUGUGGGAACCCCUUUUUUGGGGGUUGGUUUGUGCUCCUGUGCUAAUUUCCAAACUGAUGGAGGUGAGGCCCAGUCUUGGCUACUCUUUGGAGACUUCUGAUUCCAGACACAGCAUCAUAGAGCUGCAAGGGACCCCAUUGUGCCAUGCAGGAAUAUAUAGAAUCGUAGGGUUGUGCCGACAGCCAGGUCCAGAGGACGGACCUGUCCUGGGGUCAAGAAAACCAGGCCCAGAGGAGCUGACCCCCAGAUCUGGAGGACAGCACCGAAAUGGCAUCCUGACGUCCAGGUCUGGAGGGGUUACUAUAGAGGGUCAAUAUAGGGGCCAGUCUAGGAGAGAGGCCCAUAUAGGAGGCCAUAGUGGUGUUGCUUUAUGAACGUCUUUGCCCUGGGUCUGAGUACUUGCUUCUCUUCACCUGCGACAGGUAUGCUCCUCCGGAGUCCCUUCCCGACAGCAUCUUCUCCCCAGUGUCCGGUGUCUGGAGCUUCGGAGCCGGUCUCUGCGAACUGUUCUUCGCUUGCGGCAGAGCUUCCCAACAGAAGCGACCCAGGAACCCUCCUCCUGCAAUGGCUGAAGGGAACCACAAGCGCCUCCCAUUGCAGCCAGAUGAUGCUCCAUUCAGGCCUUUGCUCUGAUGCCAUCCUAUGGCCCUUUGCGCCAAGACAGCGGCCCAGAUCCUGCAAGUUGGCCCCAGAAACAGAGAUCCUGAGGGACAGACACUGCAAAGAGGAAGAGGAGGAGGAAGAGGAGACAGGUGCGGGAAAGGCUGCAUCGCCUUUUGAGUUUGUGUUUCCUCGCAUGGCUCCUUCUUUCCCACUUGAGAUUCAUGGAAGUGAAUGCAGGGAGCUCUGCAAAUCGGUCUCUUUGGAGAACUGUGCUGCAAACAGGUCUAAAACAGAACUUGGAGAGCAUGUUUGCAAUAAAGGCAUUCCUUCUCAUCACUCGCUGUAAAAAACAACUGCAUUCUUCACUCAUGGCAAUGGUUUUAAAAGUGUUUUGUUUACAAAAAUUGUUUGUUGCAUUUCCAUUAUAUUUCUAUACUCGACUGUAUUUCAUUGCUUUCUGUGGGAGACCUUUGGAGUCAUCAGCAGAUGGCAUAAAACUUAGUAGGGUUCAGGGCCCCGUUUGAAAGAAAUAGCCAGAAAAUGUCACUAGUGUCUUUAUUUACAGAAAU